UGAGCAGCCUUCCCCUUCCUGUUACUCCCCCUUCUCGUUUCCCAUCAUUCCACCGGAAUAAUCGCGAAAUCGAGGCUCCUUUCCUGCUGAUCCUGUCUCUACUGUCUCAGACCGCGGGUACUGCUGGAAUUUCUGGGGGGCAUCAACGCGGCAACACCAUCAAGCAUUCCACAGCCUUCCUCCUAUUUCGCGUGUGACCAACUCUGACCAAUCAUGUCUUCACUAGAGGAGAGACGUGCAGCCCGUAGGAACAGACGGACUCAAGAUGACGAAUCUACCCAAGCUAACUCCUACAAUGACGCAGAAAACGAGCUCGAGCGACGGCGUCGAGAGCGGAGGGAGGCCAGGUUGAGACAAGACUAUACGCACGGCGAGCAGCAAGCAGCAGAAGAAGACACCAGCAGCCGCAGAAGCAGACGUCGCGGUGGUGACGAGGAGGAGGCCCCUGCAGCUGAGGACACCUCUAGCGCUCGCAGCAGACGGAGAAGAGGGGGAGAUGAGGAGGAAGAGGCGCCCCGUGCAGCCAGGGACCCUGAGCCUGAGGAAUCUGCUCCUGUCGACGACUCUGCCGAGAGGGAGGCCGCUGAGAGGAGGAGAAGAGAGGAAGAGGAGGCCGAAGCUGAGAGGCAAAGACAAGAAGAGGAGAGAAGGCGGCGGCAGGAGGAAGAGAAGAGACAACAGGAGGAGAAACGUAGAAGAGAGGAGGAACAGAGGCGCAAAGAACAGGAGGAAAGAGAAGAGAGGGAAAGAGAAAGAGAGAGAAUGGAGGCCGAAGAGGCUGCCCGCGUGAAGGCUGAAGAGGAGGAGAAGAAGAAAAAGAAGGGAAAGAGGAAAGGUCUCGGUGGUCUCUCAGCUGAGAAGAAAAAACUCCUCAAGAAACUCAUUAUGCAGAAGGCUGCAGAGGAUCUGCGCAAUGAGGCCAAACAGAAAGCUGCUGAGAAAGAAAAGUUCAUCAACGACAGAGUUACUCCCCUCAAGUUGGAUGGUCUUGUUCAGGCUGACCUACAAAAAUUGGUUAGAGAUCUGCAUCAAAGAGUUGCAAAUCUUGAAGAAGAAGUCUAUGAUUGGGAGAUUAAGAUUCGUAAACAAGAUUUCGAGAUUAAUGAACUUACAUUGAAAGUAAAUGAUACCAAGGGCAAAUUCAUCAAGCCAGUUCUUAGAAAAGUCAACAAAACAGAGAGCAAACUCAAAAAAAUUCAGCAGGCCAAGGAAUCCACAGAUUUCAGAGGCAACCUAAAAUCUACAGGCCAGAACAAAUACGCCCUAGAAGAGGAUGAGCCUCAUCACCAUCACUGAGGAUUCACUUUUUUAACUGCUAAUGGGCGGUAGUUGAGCCAGAAAAGUCUAACCCCCAUUGGCGUGAUGAACUAAAACCUAAAGAGAAACAUGAAGGAGAAGAAGAAGGAGAGGCAGAGGCUGCAGAAAGUUAAAUGUCAACGCUGGGGAGAUUUAGGCAUAGUCAGCUCCAAAUUAAUUUCUUUUACUAAAAAAUUUUGUAUUUAAAGAUAAGCAUUUCUAGCAGCAAGUAAUUCAACAAAGAUAAAAGUAAAAUUUGGACAACUUGUGUCGGUGAAAAACUACUUGGGUUAAAAACAAUUUGAGCAAACUUCUUUUAUUGAGAACAUUUCAACAUAGCAUAAAAUUUUAAGGCCAUCUAAUGCUGCCUGGAAACAGAUGAAAUGCUUGUAUAACUGUGUUAGAGAGUAACCUAGGUCCAUUAAAAGUGAUUGGUGCAAGAUGUAUUAUUUUUAUUUUGUGUCAGUACUUAUGAUAGGUUUUUAUGAAAUUAUUCAAUUAAUCUUUACAUAUUUAUAUAUAUCAAAUAGAGUCUGCAAUUAACACCUAACUUCCUUUUACAACAAUUUUUGUAUUUUGGAAGAUGUAGUUAGUAAUUUGUCUUCAAUAGCAACAUGCAGCUGGUCUUGUUUCUCUUUUGAUUAAAGUCAUUUUCCUACUUCUCACCUUGUUUUGUUUUACCUCUUCGUGAUUUGUAAACAAAAAGUUACAGUAGAAAAAUUUUAACUUGAAUGUAUCAAAAGAAAACAAACAUUUUAUUUAUAAAAUUGUGAUAUUGCAUUGCUAUUUCGCACCUAAAAUUUUAUUUAUUUAUUUUGCUUUACUUUGUUCAAUUAGGUGUGAAACAGACUUUGGGAAAAUGCAGUUUUUCAUUGUCUUUAGAUACACAAACUUCUACUAUGCACAUUCAAUGAAAAACUUAAAAUUGUGUAAUUUUUUUUAGUUGGUGUGAGUGUGUAAUAAAUCAUUUAAUAAGUG